AUGCCAGAACAUCGCGCUAUCUCGGCAACGAACGCGUCCACCACCAAGCCGGCGACGGCCAUGAUACGGUACGCGACGCCGCAGUCCACCCCGCCGAUGUCGCCGCUGCACGCCCCGGGGACGCCUCGCACUCCCGGCGCGUACUCCGAGCUGCCGCCGCCCUCGCCCAGGCCCGCGAUCACGCUCACCCCGCCGCCGUCCAAGAAGAAGCAGCGCCGCACGGCCGCGCGCUCGCUCCGCGCCAUCCGCGCCGUGCGCGCGCUGUUCCGGUCCCUCCCGAUCCUCGCCCCGGCGUGCCGCUUCCACGGCAUCGUCCCGCGGCACGGCGGGCCGUCGCGGAUGCACGACGGCCACGUCAGCGGCGCGUCGCGCACGACGGGGACGCUGUUCGGGUACCGCAGGGCGCGGGUGACGCUGGCGGUGCAGGAGACGCCCGGGAGCGUGCCCAUCCUGCUGCUGGAGCUGGCGAUGCAGACCGGCAGGUUCAUGCAGGAGAUGGGCGCCGAGCACCUGCGCGUGGCUCUCGAGUGCGAGAAGAAGCCGCCUGGCGCCGGCGCCGGCAUCGGCCGCACGCGCCUGCUCGACGAGCCGCUGUGGACGGCCUACGUGAACGGGCGGAAGAUCGGGUACGCCAUGCGCCGGGAGCCCACGGAGGACGACCUCACGGUCAUGCAGCUGCUGCGCACCGUGUCGGUCGGCGCCGGCGUGCUGCCGAACGACGUCAUGGGUUGCGACACCGCCGAGGGGCAGGAGGCCGGCGACCUGGCGUACAUGCGCGCGCGCUUCGACCGCGUGGUGGGGUCCCGGGACUCCGAGUCGCUGUACAUGCUCAACCCUGAUGGGAACAAUGGCCCAGAGCUUAGCAUCUUCUUCAUUAGGAUAUGA